AUGGACGACUUCUUUACGGUGCGUACGUACGAGCAGUUUAAGCAGGACUUUCCGGAAUGGUUGAUCAAAGUACGCAGCAACCCGUGGGAGUUGUUUUCCCGGCAACCGGGUUACAUCGCUAGCCAGGCAUAUUGCGUUGUCGGUACCGUGUUGUGUCUCGUACACGCCCUAAAUCGUGGUGGUCGAUGGCCUUACCUGUGGUUCGCGAGUGUCCUUAGCGGAAUGUUGAUUGAGACGUGCUUCUACCUAUCGCCGUUCGGAGAAGUGGUCUGGCUUAGCCCAACCGUCAUCGAUCUGUUCGGCCAGCGAUUGCCGGUGUUUAUUUUCUUCAUGUAUCCAUUCUUCUAUUAUCAGGCGUUUUGGGCGGUUUCCAAGCUGCAGCUUAAGUGCCGUUGGUCCGAACAUAUCGCAGUCGGGUUGCUGGUAGCGUUGUUCGAUUUCCCCUUCGAAAUGGUCAACAUCAAUCUGCUCCACUGGACGCUGCACGAAACCGACCAGAUGCUGGCUGAGCGGCUCUACUCGGUACCGUGGACUGUUUUGCCGUUUCUCGCCGGGACCACGUUUGCCUUUUCCUGGCUGUUCCAUCAGCUGCGCAAAUGGUUUGCACGGUCUUCAUCGAACCGAUGGGACGCAGGAUCACCGCACGUGGAACUCCUGGUGGCCAUCGGAAGCGCUGGUUUAUCGGUGCCGAUCGGGUCGACGUUAUUUCUUCUUCUAAAUUACCCCCUGCAUACCGUGCUCGGCAUUCCAAACCGGGUCGUUAUCGUUGGGGUGUUUCUGUGUUUGAUUGCUGUGGUCUGGAAGUUUGAUCGGAAAAGUAACCGAAGUAUGCCUGCGAAGAAACAAUCGGUGCUAGAUCACGUGUUGAAUGGGUUUAUUAUAGGCCACUUUUUCCUCUAUCUGACGAUGGGCGUUUUGCUUGAUCCUGAAAAUGCCGUUUCGACUGGCAGACAUCAGCCGAUCGGCAGCUGCCAGGAUGAGGACACACGGCUCUGCAUCGAUACCGUUAGUAAGGCCAAAUAUGAUUUCCACUGCACCGAAAAAAGACCCUUCGAAGGCGCCUAUUGGUACACGAUCUGUGGCACGCCGUUUGAAAAUCGAACCGAAGUUCUAUUCGUCCUGGCAGUGAUCUCAUUCAUCGCAGCGCUCAUUCAUUGGACGGUACACUACGAUUUCAUCAAAAAGAUCGCACCCACGGAAGGAACCAAGAAAAAGGGACAAUAAAACAGUUGGUUAUGUUUUUGUUUUUAAUUAUACAACUUUAUUGUAGUCCUUAAAACUUAGCUUUGGAUUUCUACACGAUAUGUUCUUAAGCGAGCUAAACUUUAUGCUGAAUGUGGGAAAUAGACGCCGAAACGAGACAGAACGAUAGCAAAACGAAUAUGCGAGUGAAUGAGAAAGAUAGAAGCAAUGGACAAUUAUGUUGCAACGAUAUUUCAACCAACAAAAGCGGGCCAUUUUGAUGUUAUUCGUUUCUCAAAUAAUAAAACAUUCGCUCAAGAAUGGGUACAAAGUGCAAUAGUGAAAAGAGAGACAUUUUCCAUUGGGAAAAUGAAAUUAAAUGAGAAACAUUUUCCAUUGGAAAAAAUAAUAGCAAUUGUGUUGUGCAGCCCUGUA